CUAUUGACAAUUCUUGUCCUUCUGCUAAAAAAGAAUCUCUCUUCAUGAUUAUAUAUAUAUACACAAAUUAAUAGAUAAAAGCUUGUUGCAAGUAGUGCCUACCUUAUUAUAACUUACCCUCUGUUUUCGGUUAUUUGUGCAAUUUCAGACAUAAGAUCCUUUCGUUAAAUCUAACGCUGGACUGCGUUUAGGGGUCGAAGCGUGUUGUAAAAUGAGUGUAAGUCCAGUGUUUCAAUUUCUCCUCAAUCAAGUUUCAAUCUUCUCCCAGAGACUUGCCAUCUCUCCUAUUGACAUAUACACUCUUCCAUCGCCAAAACCAAAAUAUCUGUCGAGAAGUGAAAAAAGUAAUUGAAUUACUCUGGAAGCAAUUUACUAAUAAUUAUGUCACAGUAUGGGUUAGUUAUUCACCAGUCAUCCACAUACCGCGAAACACCAGACACCUCUUAUCCAUUCUGCAAAGACAAAUACUCGAUGUGCUCACUGCGACAAAUCUCACUAACAUUGCUAAAACAGAAACGGUUAUGGUGAUGGCGGUAGAGAUCCUUAUGCCCAACCAUCGCCGGGAUAUCCUCAAUCACCGCCAUAUGAUAAUGGAGGAGCGAUGGGACGAGACUCUUAUGGUGGUAGGAAACCCUAAGCACACAAGCUCUAUCUGGACUCGAUCAUCCUAUUGACACAAUAGCAGGACAAAAUGUAGAGAUGGCAUCCUUAGCACAGAAUGGAAGUCAGCCAGGUCAACAAGUCGACCCUAACUAUAUUCUCAAUGCGUGUCGUGAUAUCGACCGCGAGAUCGAUGAUGCUGCCCAGUACACCGCGCAGUUGGACAAACUUACUGGGAGAUUGCAAAAUGAACUCGAUCAAUCAUACAUCACGAGGGAACUGAAUGAAAUCGCGUCCAAUUCGGCUCUUCAAUUCAAGGCUAUCAUCGAAGAGAUUUCCAAGCUCAAGAGAAUGCCUGAAUCUGGAACUCCAAUGAAUCAAGGACAAAUCGGAAGAGUCUCACGCAAACUCAAGCAAACAAUGGACACAUACAAGUCGAGAGAAAUGGCAUUCGAGCAUGCGGUCAGAGACCAGAUGAGACGAGAGUACCGAAUUGUAAACCCGGAUGCCACAGAAUCAGAAGUGAAUGCUGCGGUCCCAAAUGCAGAGCCGCAACAAAUGUUCCAACAGGCUUUGAUGACGAGCAACAGACAAGGACAAGCGAAUUCCACUUUGAAUGCUGUUAGACAACGAAACGAGGCUAUCAAGAAGAUCGAGAAGGAUAUCAUAGAAAUCGCCACAUUAUUCCAACAGAUGGAUGAACUGGUCGUACAACAAGAAGCUGCUGUGGUCAAUAUUGAAAUGAAGGGUGAAGAAGUUGUAGAGAAUCUGGAUAAGGGAGUUCAACAAAUGGAUACGGCGAUUGUAAGUGCGAGAUCAAGAAAUAGAAAGAAGUGGUACUGCCUAGGAAUAGUUGGUAUGUUUCCCUUGCAUUCACUCGCCUCCCCCUUACUUCCACCCGCAAAUCACUAACAUGAAAACCUCAGUCAUCAUCGUAGCAAUUAUCGCAAUCGUCUUAGCUGUACACUUCACCAGCUCGAGCAAGAGCAAUAACGAUACCAAGCCUGCCAAAAGAUCCAUCCCAACUAUUGGAUCAGCGCGAGUUGUACCAGGUACCGCUUUCACUACAUCAGACCGAUUGGUAGUACCAGGUGCGAGCUUUCUGGAAUCAAAGAUAGUGGUUCCAGGCCAGAAAUGGAGUGAAGACAAAGCAGUAGUACCAGGUGUAGAAUUUACACGAGUGGUUAGAAAGUGGAAGAAAUUUGUCGCAUGAGCUUGACGGGGAAAUGUUUGUAUAAAUGGCCGGCCCAGAUGUGCUCUUGAUGUUUCCUUUGUCUUUUUCCGCAAGUAAGCACGUUUGUACGGAACUCAUAGUAAAUGAGUUGUGCAUAAGAUUUGGGCGUAUAUGAUGAUUUUAGUUCAAGAAUUCAAGAGAAGGAAAGAAGAAAAGAAGGAAGGAAAGGAGAUUUUUACCCUUUCAAUCACAAGCACGAUAAGAGAGGUGCCUUCGAGACAAUUAUCAUUUCUUUGUGUAGGAAUAAAGGAUCUAUAUGGUAGGAAAAAUUAUACCAUACCUUUUUCUCUAGUUGUAACGCAUGUUGCUUUCAUUCGCUUCGUUUGAUAUAGGGGGAAAGGAGUUUUUUUCUUCUGCUUCUUUUGGUUUUGAGAGGUGAGUAAAGCAAGUCACAGGGUGAUGGAUAUAUAGUAUAUUUAUAGUGUAGUUGUGGAUUUUAAUAACAUUUUUUGUAAUG